AACAUGGCGACUUCCAUUUCUGGACUUUUAAAACCUUGGACGCCCAGGGUGUUUGCGGUGCGAUGGAGCCGAUAUAAUCCAUACUACCUGGAACCAGAGGUGAAGAAGGAAGUCCAUGACAAACUAGAGACGGAACUCAGCGAGGAGGAGAAGGAAGAACGGGCGCUCAAGGCUCUCAGACCCAUCAAGGCGGCCGAAAACAGCGCCACCAGCUCAGUUUUCUAUGAUCCUGUCAUCAGUAAAUUCAUCAACAUGAUGAUGAAGCAUGGAGAUAAGGUUUUGGCGAGAGAGAUCAUGACGGAGACAUUGGAGCAUAUUAAAAGGAAACAAGUGGAGAAGUACCACAAAGCUCCACAAGGGAAAAAAGAGGAAAUUGAUUGCAACCCCUACUCUAUUUUCCACCGGGCUUUAGAAAACUGCAAACCUGUCGUUGGUCUCAUCAGCAUCCAGAAAGGAGGAAAGCAUUACCAGGUACCCGUGCCGCUUAGUGACAACAGGCGGCGCUUCCUCGCCAUGAAAUGGAUGAUCACCGAGUGCAGGGACAACAAGCACAGGCGCACACACAUGUACGAGAAGCUCUCUCAGGAGCUGAUGGCAGCCUCUGUUAAGGAAGGAAGUGUCUUCAAGAAAAAGAUCGAGUUGCACAAAAUGGCUGAAUCCAACAGAGCUUACGCACAUUUCCGAUGGUGGUAGAGGUACGCGAAGCUCAAAAUGCUUCUUUUGGACUUUAAGAAGGCGCCCGUGGAAGACCAGUGGUACCGAAAUUUAAUGAAUAAAUGAGUCAUUGAAUGUGUUGUUAAUUGUGGUAGUAUCCUCUGGGUACCUCAUGAUACGAUUUGCGAUACAAGGCUCACGAUAACGAUCUCACGAUACGGCGAUACAACAAUUAUUUACACACGGGUCAGAAUAUCAUUUAGGAUAUUCUACAGAACAACUAACAAAUAGAAAAACUCCUUUCAUCCUUCUGCUGUGAAUUGGAGUGAAUUUAUCAUUAGUAGACGUCCAUUUGAAAUGGGAGUGUUCAUUCACUGCCACCCCUCCCUUUUCAAACUGAUUGGACAUCUAUAGCCAUCAGUGGCAGAUAAUGCCAGGCAGUGAGUUACCGGGUAAUUUUGGUGCAUUUCAGGUAAUUUCCUGUAGCUUUUCUGUAACUUUCUGUUCAUUUUGGGGAAUUUACGGGUCACUGUCUGUUGAUUUUGGGUUACUAAAAAGGAAUUGACUCAAGAAUGCCUCCAAAUGAAUAGGAAGUGUUGCCUGUAAAUGCCUUAAAAUGAAUAGAAAGUGACCUGUAAGUGCCUACAAACAGAAAUGAAUAGAAAGAGACCUGUAAGUGCCCACAAACAACUGGCUGUGAAUGCUCUAGUUUCAGUGCCAUUGACAACACUAGACGUCCAAUCCAGUCAAAAUGAAUCUGAUGUCUCACGCCAUCAAUGGCAGCCAGUGAGCUACUGUAAACACUAUUCCAUUAAAAGAUUUUGGUAGUAACCUGUUGGGUCCUUUGACACCUUUUUAAAACGAUUUUUUUGGAGUUCUUGGUGGGAGCAUAUCGACAAUCUUUUUGACUCCAAAGUACUGCGAUACAUCACCUUUUCGAUAUGAUGCCACACCCCUAGU